UUUGGUUAAUUUGAUAAAAAUUAACAAGUUCAAAAAUUCUAAAGGCAAGAAAAGUUUGGAGAAGCUAUUAACCACAUCUGUUGUAUUAUAAUGCUAGCAGAGAUAUAGCACAGAGAUUAGUUAUCCUGUUAUUGUCUCUCUCUUUUGAUGGAGAAAAUUAACUUAACUCUUAGUUUACCUCCUUCUUGAUUUUCCAAACCUUCAGCCACAGUUAUGAAUUUGUCUGACAAGGGUGGUUAAAGCUUCACUUUAAUAUUUUGUGAAGGUCUUAGUGCUCGAAUAACUGUGGCAACUAUGAAAUCCUCGAUAUUAACACUUGGCAGUCCGUUUUCCUACCUUCUUACAUGGGUGUGAAGUACAGUCUCUAAUCAUCCCAAAGAACAUAAUAGUUAUGUAAUUUUUGAAGGAGAAAUUCAGAAUUUGAAUUUUAUUAUCUUGAGUCUGAAAGAGGUAAGUAUUUUUAGUUAAAACUUUGCAAAAAUAUUAUUGAAUUGGUGUUAGGACAAAAUUUUCCUAAAAGAUGCAUCAGAGUCUUAAAUAAUUCUAUAACCCCAAAAAAUUUUGGAGAGUUACCAGAGAUUCUAAAAUUGUAUUUUUUUGACACUUUUCAAAAAUAAUUUUGUCAACAGGUAGGGACCACCGUAGUGAAACUUCAGCUAGAAACCUUUAAUAUAAGUUAUCCCAAUAAGGCUAUCGAAGUAAAUGCCUUAAACCCCUGAAUGCAUCAAAUUAUAGAAUCUUUUGAUACUUGUUAAACAGAAUAUCUUUGAAUUUUUCUAACUAAAGAUGCCCAACUUAGAAAUAGAUGGUAUCUAAACAAGUCUAGAAGGUCGUAAUAGCUGUAAAUUUGUCUUUAAAGUCAUAAUAACUAGCAUAGAACCCUCUAUGCAGAGAUAUCUU